AUGGGCUCUCCGCCUCUCAAACCCAAAUCGGCCCUGCCUACCCACCUCACCAACGGCUCCUCUCCCCUCAACGGUGCUGCGACUGAAACUCGCGACCGUCGCGAACGCGAAUCCCUCUUCGCUGCCAUCCAAUCCUCCAGCAGCACCGGCCGCCAAGCGAUUGACUUCGACGAUGGCCCUCAAAGACCGGACCUGCGAGCGCCAGCAUUGAAUAGAGCAACGGCGACAAGGUCGAGGGAUCAGCCUGCCAACGGUGCGAAUAGUGCGGUUGGAGACGAGCUCGAGGAGGAGCCGGCGCGGGAUCCGAGGGAGACAAUCGUCAGUCCGAGCCCGCUGGCCAUGAGCCGCGCACAAAGCCCGUACACUCAGCAUCCGACGAUUGACUUCGAUGGCUUGAGUUGGCCGAGUCGCGGCACCCGUGAACGUAAAGAAGCCACCGAGGAGCAGAAGGAAGAGCGUCUUGGAAAGCUCGCCGGUGCAGUACGCACAAUACUGGAAUGUCUCGGCGAGGACCCGGAGCGUGAGGGGCUGCUGGGCACGCCUGAGCGCUAUGCGAAAGCUAUGAUGUUCUUCACGAAAGGCUACGAAGAGCACCUGAAGGACAUUGUGAACGGAGCGGUUUUCCACGAGGACCACGAUGAGCUCGUGAUUGUGAAGGAUAUUGAGAUAUUCUCACUUUGCGAGCAUCACCUGGUCCCGUUCACUGGGAAGAUGCACAUAGGGUACAUUCCCAAUAGGCGGGUGAUAGGCCUUUCCAAGCUUGCCCGUAUAGCCGAGAUGUUCUCAAGGCGGCUCCAAGUUCAGGAACGCCUGACGAAGCAGGUCGCUCUGGCUCUCUCUGAGGUCCUACAGCCGCAAGGCGUUGCUGUAGUCGUAGAAUCUAGCCAUCUCUGCAUGGUCAUGCGAGGUGUACAGAAGACUGGCUCAAGCACAAUUACUAGCUGCAUGCUAGGACGCAUGCGCUCAACCGCGAAGACGCGCGAGGAGUUCCUCAACCUCUUAAACCGGAGGUAA